GGCAUAUUUUAUUAAUAGCAGAGACUACAUAUUCGCAGAAUAGAUUUGCUUAGUUGUUACGUACGCUUUUGCUGUUCUGCAUAUCUACGCGCACGUUUACUGCUAUUGCAAGAGACUGAAAUAGUCUAAAGUGUUGCUGAUGGCCUCUGCCCUUGAUACCCUAGGUCUGGUCAUUUGCGACACCCUCACUUUCUAGAUGGGCGUAUUGGACUUGUGUACUAACUCAGGUGCUUCAUAGACAUCCCGAGCAUUGCCGAACUGGCCCUCACCAGCAUCGUCGCCUCCUUGCCUGGACUUGUGAUACUGUUCGCGAGGGAUGACCGAGGCAGUGGAUGUCGCAGUACUAACAAAUUUCGUUAUAUAUCGUUAUGGUUUACACGUACAUCGCAUGGCCCCUCGUCUAUCUACCGCCGACUCUCACAAGUCUUCAUGUUCGUCCUCCUGCUCCUCGAUCUCUUGCCGUUCUCCCGUCGCAAGUUCUUGCACUUUAUCCUGUUCACCUGUGUCUUCCCGCAUACCUUGAGGCCCCCUGUCCUCGAAGUUCAGCGUGUUGUCCAUCUCAUGCGUCGCCAACACAAAGCCACCUUCCUCAUCCACUCCCCGGACCACGACCUCUCCAUCCUUCCUUCUCCUCUCUCGUCUCCUCUGCUCAGCUCUCCUCCGCCGCCGAUCACGCUCUUCCUUCCCUUGAAUCCACUGCCUCACUGGUGCGGGAAGCUCAUUCGGCAUGACGCCUGUCUUCGCCAUGCCCCAAGUAGUGAAGGAGAGUGCGAGUUGAUUGGUGGAGGAUAAGGCUGCUGUGCCGACACUCCAUGAUGCACGACCAAGGCCUGAUGAUGCGAUGGCGCUGGCGUAGGAGAGGGUCGCGGCAGAGAUCUGUCAUAGCGCGGCGCUGGUGUCGUGGAGGGCGGCGGGCCAGGUGCCGGGGAAGGGUGUCGCUGUUUGGAAGGAUGUUGAUGCUGAGGAAUGGAGGUCUUCCCAGCUGGAUGAGGAGGAAGAGGAAGCAGAUGUAGCCUGGCAGGUCGUUUCGUCUUCGUCAGCGCCGGUUUGCAACGCAUCGGCGGUGCUGGUGCGGAUAUUGGACGUACGAGCUGGUGACUCCGGCUCCGCUUGAGCUUCUGCGAAGUCGCGGAGUUGUGAAGCGCUUAGCGCUGCGAGUGGCAUGGGCACAUCUUCGAACCCAUCGUGGG